AUGCCUAAUUUUGUGGAGGGAAUGAGAAAACUAAUUGCACAAAUUACAGCUACAUUUUUUUUGCGUCCUCGAGACAGCGACAAGCUGCCAGUAAACGAUUGUUGCACAAAUUGUCAUUCAAUUAAAUUCAAGGCAACAGUAGUGCCAUCGGAAAUGGGUGGACCCCAAUUUGGAUGGGUGACCAAUGGAAUUGCACAAAUUACAGCUACAUUUUUUUUGCGUCCUCGAGACAGCGACAAGCUGCCAGUAAACGAUUGUUGCACAAAUUGUCAUUCAAUUAAAUUCAAGGCAAGACAAGAUGCAUUGAUGAAGUUGUGCAUUUCAACUUUGGUUGUUUCUUUCCAUCCUGGAUUUUAUGGAAACGCAGUUUACAGUGUAUAA